AUGGAAUUUUUAUCUCAAUCAAUUUCAUUUUUUGGUUUUAAAAAAGGUCCACAGAUAUGUAUUGAUUACUCAAAUGGCCAAUUUAAUUCAAAUAUAAAAGAUAUUCAUUUUGAAAAUAUAAUUUUAGAAAAAUUUUCUCAUCGUGGACUUAAUGAAAGAGGUUUACAUACAAAAUCAAUAUUAAUAUUAGAUAAAAAUAAUCAAAUAUCAAUUCCAUUAUACGCACGAAGAGGUUGGAGAAGUUUAAUAGGUUUAUCAAAAUCAAAUCUUUGGAAAUUAGUUAUUCCAUUAGAAUAUUUUCAAAAUGAUAAUUAUCAAAUUCAAUUGAUUUUAGAAAAACUUUUUCAAAACAAAUUUCGACAUAAUGUUUAUGUUUAUGAAACUAAACUAGAAAUUUUUAUUACAAAUACUUUUUCUAAUCGAACAAAAUUUAAAUUUAUUUUUAAAAUUAAAUCAAUAUAA